CUGAUUGACAAUAAUGGCGACGCGUUCGUCUUGAGUUGCACCUCAAUGAAACAUUGCUCAAGACCGUAUUUUCACCAAUUCUUUGAUAUCACCUGGGUCGGCUUUAAGGAUAUCUUUCAGAAACUAUCUCCGAAUCUUUUUUUUGGCAAGGAAAUAUUAAGUUCUGCUGGUGAAAUUCUUGGGAAAGCACUAACAAAGGUCUCCUCAUCCGUGGCGAAGUGGCUGCUGUUUACAGACCCGUGCGUGCAUUUGUUUCGGGCAUGAAGAACUGCGAGUACCUCAUCUACAGCCAUUCAUUCAGAUAUUACACUGCCAUUUAUUAAAAACCGGGACGCCUUGCUGAAACUGGCUUAGUAGCACGGGAAGCUUGAGCUGCUUUUUGCAGAAGCUUUUCACAAACAAGCAGCUCGCGCAGACAUUCUGAAUCGCGUCACGCAAAGUUGGACCAUCUGUUGAACGCACGGCAAAGUUCGCGAACCAUUUUUACAUCUCGCGAUAAAAACGACGGUUGUUUUUUUCUAAAUCAUAAGUUUUUGUUGCAAUUUUUGCUAACGCCAAGUAACGGCUUACAACUUUAGUAAGGCUAGCUAUAGCUGGUUAGCCUAGACUUGCUAACUGGCCUUUGCUAAAAACCAGCCGUUAGAGACUGAAAUGUAACCGUUUUCCAAAUUUACCACACAAUUGUGUCCAGAAUAAAUGAUCAUUACAACCUAAAUUUGCUAACUCUUCUCCGUAAGAGAUAUCUCACGAAAGCGACUUAUCGUUACAUUUAUGUGUUGCUAACUUGCACAUUUUUCAGUUAAAUUCUGUCGUCAGGAUAUCAAUAGACAAUUAAUUGUAUGACUUCAGAAAACUAGGUCAUCCCUUUACUUGUCCAUACAGCUAAAUUGCCCUCCUUCACUUGCCGUUGACCCAGAUGUAAGACGAGACGAAUCAGUCAACGUAAUUUAAAACCUCACGUUUUCUGAGCUGGCUUGACGGCUAGCUAAAAGUCACUUUUAUUGCAACAUCUGCUCGUAAAUGACUACCGGUAGGAAUAACCGAGUCAUGAUGGAAGGAGUGGGUGCUCGAGUUAUCCGCGGGCCUGACUGGAAGUGGGGUAAACAGGACGGAGGAGAAGGGCACCUCGGCACCGUCAGGAGUUUUGAGAGCCCAGAGGAAGUGGUGGUAGUGUGGGAUAACGGCACCGCCGCCAAUUACCGCUGCUCCGGGGCUUAUGAUGUGAGGAUUUUAGACAGUGCGCCCACAGGAAUCAAGCAUGAUGGCACCAUGUGUGACACCUGUCGGCAGCAGCCCAUCAUUGGGAUCCGAUGGAAAUGUGCGGAGUGCACCAACUAUGACCUCUGCACCACCUGUUACCAUGGUGAUAAGCACCACCUGCGCCACAGGUUCUACCGCAUCACCACUCCUGGUAGUGAGAGAGUUCUUUUGGAAUCUCGACGCAAGUCAAAGAAGAUCACCGCCCGGGGCAUCUUUGCAGGAGGACGGGUGGUGCGAGGAGUGGAUUGGCAGUGGGAGGAUCAGGAUGGCGGGAAUGGAAGAAGAGGGAAGGUGACGGAGAUCCAGGACUGGAGUGCUGCCAGCCCCCACAGUGCAGCCUACAUCCUCUGGGACAACGGGGCCAAGAACCUCUACCGAGUGGGAUUCGAGGGCAUGUCUGAUUUGAAGUGUGUGCAAGAUGCCAAAGGAGGCACUUUUUACAGAGACCACUGUCCAGUGUUGGGUGAGCAGAAUGGAAACAGGAACCCAGGAGGCCUGCAGAUUGGAGACUUGGUCAACAUUGAUUUGGACCUGGAGAUUGUUCAGUCGCUGCAGCAUGGGCACGGAGGCUGGACUGAUGGCAUGUUUGAAACGCUCACCACCACAGGCACUGUGUGCGGCAUUGAUGAAGACCAUGACAUCGUUGUGCAGUAUCCUAGUGGAAACAGGUGGACAUUUAACCCAGCGGUGCUCACAAAGGCAAACGUUGUACGUAGUGGAGAGGUGGCGGCUGGUGCUGAGGGAGGCAGUUCUCAGUUCAUGGUGGGAGACUUGGUCCAGAUCUGCUAUGACAUUGACCGCAUCAAACUACUCCAGAGAGGACAUGGAGAGUGGGCUGAAGCUAUGCUGCCAACCCUUGGGAAGGUGGGAAGAGUGCAACAGAUUUACUCUGACAGUGACCUCAAAGUCGAGGUUUGCGGGACAUCCUGGACAUACAAUCCAGCCGCUGUCACUAAAGUGGCUCCUUCUGGAUCUGCUGUUACUAAUGCUUCUGGAGAGCGCCUGUCUCAGCUCCUCAAGAAGCUUUUUGAGACACAGGAGUCUGGAGAUAUUAAUGAAGAGCUGGUGAAGGCCGCGGCCAAUGGUGACCUAGCCAAAGUAGAGGACAUCCUGAAGAGACCUGAUGUAGACGUGAACGGGCAGUGUGCAGGACACACUGCCAUGCAGGCAGCCAGCCAAAAUGGCCAUGUGGACGUCCUCAAACUGCUGCUGAAACAUAAUGUGGACCUGGAGGCUGAGCCUCUGCACAUCGCUGUCAACAAGGGCCACCUACAGGUGGUGAAGACUUUGCUUGACUUUGGCUGCCACCCCAGUCUGCAGGACUCAGAGGGGGACACACCUCUGCAUGAUGCCAUCAGCAAGAAGAGAGAUGACAUGCUCUCUGUGCUCCUGGAAGCAGGUGCAGAUGUCACAAUUACCAACAAUAAUGGAUUCAACGCACUUCACCAUGCAGCUCUGCGAGGGAACCCCAGUGCCAUGCGUGUGCUGUUAUCCAAACUGCCACGACCAUGGAUAGUGGAUGAGAAAAAGGAUGAUGGUUACACCUCGCUUCACCUGGCUGCCCUCAACAACCACGUGGAGGUGGCAGAGCUCCUAGUCCACCAGGGAAAUGCCAAUUUGGACAUACAGAACGUUAACCAGCAGACGGCACUGCACCUUGCUGUAGAACGUCAGCACACCCAGAUAGUGCGACUCUUGGUGCGAGCUGAGGCAAAUUUGGAUGUGCAAGACAAGGACGGAGACACGCCACUGCACGAGGCCCUGCGUCAUCACACUCUGUCCCAGCUGCGCCAACUUCAGGACAUGCAGGAUGUCACCAAAGUGGAGCCAUGGGAGCCCUCCAAAAACACAUUAAUUAUGGGAUUGGGCACUCAAGGGGCUGAGAAGAAGAGUGCAGCUUCUAUUGCUUGCUUCCUGGCGGCCAAUGGAGCUGACCUCACCAUCCGUAACAAGAAGGGCCAGUCUCCUCUGGACCUGUGUCCCGACCCCAGCCUCUGCAAGGCCCUUGCUAAAUGCCACAAAGAGAAGACUAGUGGGCAGGUUGGCUCCCGUAGCCCGUCUCUAAACAGUAAUAAUGAGACUCUUGAAGAAUGCAUGGUGUGCUCUGAUUUGAAAAGGGACACGCUUUUUGGCCCCUGUGGUCAUAUCGCUACCUGCUCUCUCUGCUCGCCUCGCGUCAAGAAGUGCCUCAUUUGUAAGGAACAGGUCCAGUCCAGAACCAAGAUUGAGGAGUGUGUGGUUUGCUCUGAUAAAAAGGCAGCUGUGCUUUUCCAGCCCUGUGGUCACAUGUGCGCCUGUGAGAACUGUGCCAACCUGAUGAAAAAGUGUGUACAGUGUCGGGCCGUGGUGGAGCGCCGCACUCCCUUCGUUUUGUGCUGUGGAGGGAAAGGUAUGGAGGAUGCCACUGAUGAUGAGGACCUUACAGGGGGCUGUAACUCAAUGGCAGGGGGGUCGCAGGAUCUUCUCCAGCCCAACAAUCUGGCACUGAGUUGGUCCAGCGGAAAUAUCCCAGCCUUGCAGAGGGACAAAGACAACACUAAUAGCAAUGCAGAUGUACAGAAGUUACAACAGCAGCUGCAGGAUAUCAAAGAGCAGACUAUGUGCCCCGUGUGUCUGGAUCGCCUAAAGAAUAUGAUCUUCAUGUGCGGUCAUGGCACUUGUCAGCUCUGUGGAGACCGAAUGAGCGAGUGCCCCAUUUGCCGCAAGGCCAUCGAACGUCGCAUCCUACUUUACUAGAGCGUCGGGCCAUGUCAACAUCCCUGUUUUCCAGCCACAGAGUGUGCUGCUGCUCUCAUAAGCACCUUUUCUGUAUCCGCUAAGCUAAGGGUCAUCAGUGUUACAUCAUCAUCUUUAUUUUAUCUUUUAGGCUCGAUAUUUGUUAAGUUAACUUCAGUUUUCUUGGAUUAUGUUCCGCAAGAAGAAGAAGAAUCUUGCUUAACUACUCCAUCUUGCCAUUUUGUUCAUGCAAGUGCCCACUUUUUUUUCUGCCUCGAGCAGUUCAGCAACACCUAUAAGACAUGAACUGACACUGUCAGGAUCUGCUAAUGUUUCAUCUUUUAUUAUGUCAAUGUAUUAUGCUCAUAUAUCCUGAUGCAAACAGUUGUAUCUACAGUCAUGAUAAAGCAUGGUGAAAUGUAGAACACGACUGAACUCUGUCCCACUGAAUCUUUGGAAAUUCAUUUUAAAGUCUCAUUCUGUGUGACGUAGCAUUCAGUUUUAAAUAAUGUGUAAAUGUAAAGCAUCUGCAUUUACUGGCAGAAGAAAGUUUGUCGUGCUCAAAGAGUGAAAUAAAACAUUCACCUUUUACAGCAGUACUGUUAGUAUAACAUUGCAUGUUCCUCUCUUGAAUUGCUGCUGUACUACAGUAUAUACACAGAGUAUUAUUGUGACACCCAUGUUGAUGAUCGGUUCGUCACCUGAUCAAUGCAGAUGCAACUGAUCCUUGUUGUCUUUAAAAGGAUAUUCAUUUACUAUACAACCAUAAUUAUUGGAUUGUUCUCCAGCAUUCCUACUUUUACUUUAUGCACCAUAUUGUCUUGCCAGAUAUGUAAUGCAAAAAAGAUUUGAAUAGAAAUUGCUGGUCUUGUGCCAUUCUUCCAAAAACAUGAAAACAUUUCAUUACCUUUUGGGAAAAAGGUGCUGUUUAUCUUUACCUUACUAGUUAAUUUAUGUAUUUUUACCUUUUUCUUCUAAAUCUGAAAGACCUGGAAUAUACUAUGGAAUAUCGCCUGUAAGCUGUAAUUGGCUUUAACUUACUUUAAUUAGGCCACAUGCACGCCUGACCAAAAAGAAUUUGCAGUUGAGGACUGUUCAUCAAAAUAGUCUUUCAUGAACAAUUUGACAUCUUUUUGUGCUUGUCAAACUAUAUUUCAAUUUUUUUUCCCUGUAGCCCGUUCCCAUCAUGGAGGAGGUCUAAAGUUACGUCUACAGUUGUUUCAUUUCAGUGUGACUCAACACUGCGAAACAGACAUUUUUACUGGAAGCAAAAGUAGUUUCAUACUUUACCUUUUAAAGAUUUGUAUCUUUUAUGGUCUUUCUUUUCCAGUAUUAUUCUUUUUGUGAUCAUUUAACAUUAAAAACUAGAUGCACUAAUAUACCUUAAUGGUAGACUUGUAUUGUCAUGGUUACUCAAACAGCCUGUUUUGUACCUUAUUUUCAGUACACAAAAAACUGCCCUGGCUUAAGAAACAUCUUUUGUUGUUGAAUGAAUGUUUAAUGUAUGAUGUACAACAUUUAUCAUAAGAGAAAUUCUUUUUUCCUGUAUUGCAAUUUGCUUUGAAAAUGCAUUGCCGAAUAAAGAUCUAACAAAACGGAGCAGA